ACAGGAAGUGUUUGCUGAUCCACGUGUAUGAGGAUGGAGGGGUUUCCAACUGAGAACAACCACGGCCCUGCCGGAGACUCCACAAGGGAAUUCUCCUUCAGUAGCUCCCCCACCAUGGAAGACAUCCGCCGUCUCCAGUCCCAGUUCACAGCAGAGAGAGACUGGAACCAGUUUCACCAGCCCAGGAACCUGUUGCUCGCUUUGGUCGGAGAAGUGGGAGAGGUGGCCGAGCUUUUCCAGUGGAAGGGAGAAGUGGCUGAGGGUCUCCCUGAUUGGACCCCGUCCCAGCGUGAAGCUUUAUCUCAUGAACUCAGCGACGUCCUGAUUUAUCUCCUGGAGCUGGCGGAGAAAUGCCACGUGGAUCUUCCCCAGGCGGUGCUGACCAAACUACAACUGAAUGCCAAGAAAUACCCGGCGGGGCGUGUGCAAGGCAGCGCCAAGAAAUAUACAGAGUAUAGCACUGAGGAUGGAGAGUCGGAUUCUGUUGAGCAGCAGAAACAGUAGCAGCCUGGUGUUCACUGGCACAUCUGAGGGAGGCGGGUGUGGAAAAUAACCCAAAGGACUGGCACUAAAUACAACUUUAUAGUAGUGCGCCAACUAACGGUGCAAGUUAUUAUAGUGGGUAGGUGUUUAUCUAUAGGGAGGGUGCCCUAUCAGGAGUUUAUGGGGAUAAACCCACAAUAGCCGCCUCUUACUCUGUUCUUACUUUCUCGUUUUAGAGUUGGGAUUUUUAUAUAAUUUUUUUAAAGAUUCUUUUAUACUUGUGACAAUGUAAUUUCCAAUCAGAUUGCUCAUGUGUUGGUUUUUAGUUUUUUAAGAAUGCUUGUUUCUUACCCUCUCGGCUCUUGAUGUUACUGAACUACAACUCCCAGUCUCCCUUAAUCUUUCAUUAUAUUGUGUUGGAAGUUUUAGUCCAGAAACAUUUGUGGAUCCAAGUUUAAACCAACCAGUGCUGCCAUCUAAUGGCCAGACAAAUGCAAAUGUUUGCUGCUAUGAUGCCAGAAGAGGGGGGGGGGGGUGGAAUAGAUUAAAAUGAUUUGAUGACAGUUUGGGUGCUGAACGUGCAUUUUCAAGGCAGUUUUUAAUUGUCCUGACUUUUUUUUUUUUUUUCAUCUUGCUCAGCUAAGGGGCCACAGGCAUCUGAAUGCCUAUUGGUUCAAAUGUACACAACAUAAUAUUGAUGCUUGCUUUUAUUUUUUACAUUUAACUUGCUUUUUUUAUAAUUCUAUUGAAUGGGCAUCAAUUGCAUAAAAAUUGACACAGGCUUGCGCUGCACUAAAAAUGUGAGUUUUGUGGGUACAACCAGGGACAAUAAAAUGGAAUCAGUUGGCUCAUGGGGUUUAGGCUCGGACAUGUACAAGACCCAUUUCCCAUGUUAUGGCUUGAGUCUUUGCUGUGAAUUAUACGCACUCAAAGGAACUGUAACCUCAGCGCUUCAUUAAAGGCAUCUGUUGGAA